UUCUUUGUUUUUCUAGGUAGCAUCCAGUGCUUUGCUGCUGCAGUGCACAAUAGCUCUUCCCAAAUAAGUAGGAUAACUCCUGUACUUACAGCUAAAUUGUGCUUAAAAGCUGCAAUGCAUCAAGACCUUUAAAAUGUGUUAAGGCCCAGAGAUCUCAGGUCCACUGAGAGCUGGGUGCCUGGUGGUGUGACCUGGUGCAAUCUGGUGGUGUGAGCAGGAGGGACCCCUCGCAGAGUGCUGGAAUUCCUUAAAAAUCCAGCAACUGGGAAAUGACGAGUGUGAGGAACAGACUGCAGAACUGGACAUUCGGUGUCUGUGCAGGACUUUGAAUGCAGAAGUCACCACAAUGAUGCCAAGCUCUUAUACUGUGCUUUUUACUUAUAGCCAUGUAAGAACCUAAACAAGGAGACAUAAAUUAUUGACCAGAGAAUGGCCCACCGAAGCCCAAUCUUCCCAACUCUUGCCCCUUCUGAAAGACGGGUCCGAAACAUCCCUCUGCACAGCCAGGCACUGACAGCGGUCCCGCUGGCAUCCGCCAGCCUGGUGGAUCAGCUGGAGGACAGAAUCCUGAGCCAUGAGAAAACAACAGCGGCUCUUGUGGAACACGCUUUUCGCAUUAAGGAGGACAUUGUUUCCACGCUGCACAGAAUGCAGAACAAAGGGGGGGGUGACCGGUUGGCAAGGCAACUCCUGGAGGAACACAUCCGAAACAUAACAGCGAUAGUGAGGCAGCUCAAUCGGGACAUCGAGAUGCUGCAGGAACAGAUACGUGUCAGAGACAAUCUCAGCUACGGAACAAAUUCUACCCUGAAGAGUCUUGAAAUGCGGCAGCUUUCUGGCCUAGGAGAUCUUCGGGGAAGAGUUGCAAGGUGUGAUGCUGGGUUAGCCAGGCUGUCUGCAGAGCAUAAAAUUACGUAUGAAAGACUUCAGAGUCUAAGUAAAGACCAACACACCUCCAAGCUGAUCUUAGAAUCUAAAAUCAAAGAGGCAGAAAUACAGAUUUCUCAUCUGCUGAGCAGAGUAGAGCAAUCGAUAAUGCAACAAGAAGCAAAGCUGAAGAUUGCCUACAAAGAGAGCAACCAACAGCUGCAAGUCCUGGACACAAAAUUAAAAGACGCUGUUGAGGAGCUCAGCAAUCAGAUUUUGUCUGCGCGGAGCUGGUUGGAACAGGAACAUGGAAGGACUGAAAAAGAGCUCGUACAAAAAAUUGACCAACUCUCCCUGACUUUUAAGGAAAGUACUGAAAUGAGUGAGAGAGGUAUUGAGAUGAAAUUCAACCAAAUGGCAGAGAAAAUUGAGAGAAUAGAAGAAAUGCAGAAGAUAACCAUGGAAGCACAUGAAGCAAAACAGACUGAAGAAAAGAUAAAUAUUCGCAUUAUCAAACUUCAAAAUGAGAUAAAUGAAGAUAUAAAAGAAAUGAAAGCUGAAGUUAACGCUGGCUUUGCAGCUAUCUAUGAGAGCAUUGGGUCUCUACGGCAAGUUCUAGAAGCCAAAAUGAAGCUGGACAGAGAUGAACUACAGAAGCAGAUCCACCAAAUGAAGCAGGAGGUUCCAAGGUGGGGAGAGGCUGGACCAUUACUUACUGCUCACAGCAGUAAAUGCAAGCUGUUCAUGGAUAACUGGCAAUGA